AUGGAAAAUCAUGAAAAUGAACGUAAUGUUUCAACAAUUUAUCUAUUAGGUAAAACAUAUGUAACUAAAAAAGAAAAAUUUUAUAUUCGAAAUGAUCCAAUUAUACAUAUGGCUGCGGGUGAUAGACACACAAUUAUUGUUACUGAAAGUGGUCGUGCAUAUUCUUUCGGUGAUAAUAAUUCAGGUCAAUUGGGUUUUGGUCACAUGCAUCAGACACAAAAAGUUUCAUGUAUAAAUAGUUUAAAACUUCUUAAUACGGGAGAAAAAGUUAUACUAGCUGCAUGUGGUCGUGAUUCAUCAUUAGUUGCGACAGAUCAUGGUUCAUUGUAUGCAUUUGGUUUAAAUAAUUGUGGUCAAUUAGGUAUUGAAUCAAAAGAAUCAAUAGCUAUUCAUCCUUAUCCUGUUAAAAUCAAGUAUUUUCGUUCAACAAUGUCUUGGAAACAAAUAUCAAUGGGUGCUGAACAUACAUGUGUAUUAAAUAAUAAUGGUGUAGUUUAUGCUUGGGGUUUAAAUGAAGAUGGUCAAUGUGGACAAGCACGUAAACAUUAUAUUAUAGGAGUACCAACAGAACUUAAAUUAGAAUAUCCUGUCGUUGCUAUAUCAUGUGGAUAUUAUCAUACAGCAUUAAUUACUGAAGGUGGUAGAUUGUUUCUAUGUGGAAAUAAUCAUUAUGGGCAAUUAGGAUGUUCAAUACCAGCUCAACAUGUUGGCCCCUUCGAAGUUCCAUUACCAGAUCCUGUUAAAGCUGUUGCAUGUGGAAAUCAACAUACUGUUGUAUUAACAGACAAAGGAGAAGUCUAUACAUGUGGACAAGGUGAUUUUGGUCAACUUGGUCUUGGUUGUAGUGUUACAAUUGCUGAAGAUUUUAAAAUUCUUGAAAAUUUACCAAAACCUUUUAUAGCUAUAGCUGCUGGUAAAACUCAUACAGCUAUUCUAAGUCAUAAUGGUUGUAUAUAUGUAUUCGGUGAUGGUAGCUAUGGCAAAUUGAGUUAUGAAAAUUAUUCAAAUGAAUUUGAACCACGUUCUAUUAUUAAAUUUAAAGGACAUAAUGUAUUAAAAGUUGUUUGUGGUGGUUGUCAAACAGUCAUACUUGCUGAAAAGAAACCAACUGAAAAUGCAAACGAUAUUCGAAAUAAAACAAUUUCAAAAACUCAAUCUAUAAAAGAUCUCGUUGCUAUGGAUAGUUAUUCAUCUAAGACUAAUUCUACAAAUACAAAUGAUAAUUCAAUAGUCACAUCUCUUCAAUAUGGCGGACAUUUUAAAACAUCAACAAAUACAAAUUCUUCUUUACAUACUACAUUAAAUUCUGAUCCUAAUGAAUUAUCAUUUUUGAUGAAAAAUGCAUUAAUCAAUACCACACCGAUAAAAAUAAAUGAAACAUUACAAUCAACAUCAAGUUCAUUGAAAGCAACAAGUUUAUAUAUAAAUAAUUAUGAUGUUAAACCUAUCAAAACAUCUUUACUUGGUCAUAAAGUUCCUCUAAUUAGCAUAAUAAAUGAUUUAACAAAAUCAAAUAAUAGUUUAUCAUCUAUUGAUCAAUCGACUUUAGAUGAUACAAAAUUAGAUCAUGGAAAUUUUAAAAAUUCUUUUAAAACACAACCAAAUUUGGAUGAUGGAACAUCAGCAUCUGAUGAACGAUCGCUAUCAGUAUCACAAUUAAAUACUGAAGCAAUUUCAUUAAAUGAAAAUGAUAUUCAUCUUAGCACGAACUCCACUCCUACUAAAAUGUUAACAAAAUAUUAUCAUCAAGAAACAGCAUCUAAUAAAUCUUGUGAUAGUAAUCAUUGUCCGUCAUCAUCAUCAUCAUCAUCAUCAUCUUCAUCAUCGUCUUUAUCAUUAUCAACAAGUACUAGUCAUGAUUCAUCAUCUUUUUCAUCAGUAUUCCAUGGAAAGGGAUUAAUAAAUUCAAAAUCAUUUUAUGAUUGUCAACAUGGUACUCAUUUUUCUACAAUUCGAACAAGUUCAAAAAGUGAUUCAACAAAAAAAUCGAUUAAAACUGAAUCACAAUCUGCCUUAUUUUCAAGAAUUUUAAGUACAAAAUCUUCACAAAAAUUAUCAACAGCUACAAAUAAGAAUUCCAGAACAUGUUUAAUUAUGUAA